UGUGGAGCCUCCAUCGUCUCCAUGCUUGCUUGCUUGAUCUUGACCUCAUGAUUGAUACAUUGGAGUGAUUCCCAGCAGGUACACAUUCAACGACACGGUUGGCUCGUGUUCGUCCUGUUCCAUUCCACCCCCGACCCAGCCUCCAAGAUCUCCCAACAGAGCCUGGGACAAGUGAUACCGUGGUACUACGACGUCGGUGGUGGCGCAAGAGCCCGGAGCAUUCUGGACAAUCGGGGAACCCUAUCGAUACAACAGGCGCGCGUGCACGCGUGUGUGCUCGUAAAAGCAUGUUUGAGAUCCCGGACGCCAAGCGGGUGCGUCGGGAGGACCUGUACGAGUCAUCUGCCGGCGGCAGCAGUGACGGCGAGGAUGGGGCGAGGGACGUGGAGAUGGAUGCGGCCCUGCGCAGCAAGUUGAAUGCCCAGCUCGCGGACCUCCUGGACGUGGACUUCUCGGUACCAGGGCCAGCUUCAGGCGGAGCCGCAGAAGCCGAGCGGAAGCGAGGGCGGCAACCACGGCAACAACAAUCGCACGAAGCCGGUAGUGAUGAUGACGAUGAUGAUGAUGAUCACCACGAAGACGAGACUAUGAGCGAUGGCGACCGGCAGCGUGGAGAGCAGGAUGAAGACGACGACGAGCCAGUCGAGUUUGCGUUCCGGCUGUUCAGCGGUGAGGAUCCCGCUGCGCACAAGGUGGUGCUCGAGAAACAGGACGAUGCCGCCGACGCGGCUGGCGACGGCGGAGGGUUUGUGGUGAGCAGGAGGCCGGCGUCAUACUACAUCGCAGCUGAGCCCUCGCCGGAUGACCGCGAGAGGUAUAGAGCGGCCGCAGUCAGCCACGAGUACCUCCUCGCAGACGCUGGACGGAGCAGGUGGGGGAUCGAGAAGCCCUGGAAAGUCACAACCAUCACAAUCACCACGAAGAAGACCAAGGACGGCAAGGAGAAGCUGAUGGGGACGGUGGCUGGGAACCAGCCCAGGACAGGCCGCAGGACGCGGCCGGGCAAGAAGCGGCGAAUCAUCCUGCGGACACGGGAGAAGGCGAAGAAGGAAAAGGAGGUUGUGGCUAAGCAGCAGGCUGUGGAUAGGGAACAACAUCUGCUCGAGAAGAAGAAGAGGCUCAAUCGACAGAAGAAGUUAAAGAGACGGGCCAAGGCUAAAGGGCAGAAGAAGGAGGGUGUAGACGCCGGUGGUGAGGGAGAUUCCGACGAUGAGGAGAACGGAAAGAGUGUUGCGUCUGAUUGAAUGCUGAGAUAGGGCUUCUGCAUACAGAUCAAGGUAUGGCCACAGCCACCAUUUGGGCGGACGUACUUGUCUGGAAGGUGAUCUCCUGUGAAUACCCUAAGUGGAAUUGUCCUAUUCAGCAUUUACUCUCGUGUCUACUAGCGCAAUCAGCCGAUCCAUAAAGUACCGAUGUGUAAGGCAAGGUAUAUGUAGGUCGCGACCUGGAGAAUGAAGCAGAGCCGC